AUGGAAACUCGGAGCCGUAAGAGGGCAGGGGCAUCUACAGCGCCAACCUCUUCUGUUCCAACCACACGCGCCGCCAAACGCCUCCGUAACGCGUCCUCAUCCGCCGCCACCGCCGCCGCUGCGUCGUCUACUCCCAUGGACUCUACCUCGGAACCAUCCACCGCCUCUGCUUCCGCCACUCGUGCCCCCCGCGGAAAAAACCCGAGUAAUAGUAAGAAUUCCGAUCAUAGUAGCAAUAAGAAACGUAGUCAUAGUAAAGGCAAUGUUAAUUUGGACAAGGGUAAGGAGAAGGCGCCUGAAAUUAGGCCGGGAAACUCAGGGAGGAGUUUGGAGUCGAACAUGGGCUCAAGGGAUGUUGCGGACAAUGGUAAUGGUGGCGCUCCAAACGCAACUGUUCUGGAGGGCUUGUUGAGGAAGAUCAGUGCUGAGAUGAGUGAUAUUAUAGCCGCGUCAUCUUCUACAGCUUCUCAACAAAGUGAGAGAUUGGAGAGGAUUUUGUCGGACUUGAGGGCCGAAGGGGAGGAGAGCCUGCAAGUGGAGGCGUUAAUGGAGCUAACGGAGGUGCUGUCGAUGGCGACUGAGGCCUCGCUGAGGAACUUCUCGUAUGAUUCUUUCGUGCCGGUACUUGUGGGGCUGGUUAAUUACGAGAACAACCCGAAUAUCAUGCUUUUGGCAGCUCGGGCUUUGACCCACUUGGUUGAUGCAGUGCCCUCGUCUUGUGAUGAGGUGGUGCGCUAUGGGGCAGUGCCGUGCUUUGUUGCUAGGCUGCUGACUAUCGAGUACAUGGACUUGGCUGAGCAGUCUCUGCAAGCUUUGAAGAGGAUAUCUGAGGAACAACCGGCAACCUGCUUGCGUGCUGGUGCACUUGUGGGCGUGCUCUCUUAUCUAGAUUUUUUCCCCACAGGGAUACAGAGAGUUGCCUUGUCGACUGCUGCCAACAUUUGUGAGGACCUACCUUCAGAUGCUGCUGAUUUUGUGAUGGAAGCUGUUCCGACGUUGACUAAUCUCCUCCAAUAUCAUGAUAAAAAGGUUGUAGAAAAGGCAUCUUUUUGCCUCACACGUGUUGCCGAAGCAUUUGCUCUUUCACCAGAAAGACUUGAUGACCUAUGUAGCCAUGGUGUUGUUACACACGCAGCUGUCCUAAUAUCUUCCAGCAGCUCUUUAGGUGGUCAGGCUUCCCUUGGAACUCAUACAUUCAUGGACUUAAUCCAGCUUCUUUCCACUCUUGCAAGUGGCUCUGCUUUAGGAGCAAAGUCUCUGCAUCUCCUGGGAAUCGGUGGUAUCUUAAAAGACUUGUUAUUGGGGACAGGCCAGGCGACAAGCAUAUCUGUUUCACCUGCUUUUGGCCGAACACCAGAGCAGGUUUGUGAGAUUGUGAACCUGGCAGACGAACUGCUUCCAGCUGUGAAGGGUCAUGCUGGAAACUCUAGCCUCGAGGAAGAUUCUAAUGGGGGUAUACCUGAGGUUUCAACCCGUGAGAAACUGUUGAAUGAACAGCCUGAACUUCUGCUGCAGUUUGGGAUAGAUCUCCUUCCUGUUCUUGUCCAGAUUUGCAAUUCUAGUGCGAAUGUUUCUGGCCGCCACAAGUGUCUUUCAGUUAUUAGAAAGAUUUUGCACUUCAGCACUUCCGAAAUUAUACAGUCUUUAAUAAAUGUCACAAACAUAUCAAGUUUUUUAGCUGCGGUUUUAGCUUGGAAGGACCACCAAGUUUUGGUGCUUGCUCUUCAAAUAGCAGAAAUAUUGAUGGAAAAACAUCCUGGUACGUUCUCUAGGACGUUUGUUAGGGAAGGUGUUGUGCAUGCUGUGGAUGCAUUGAUAUUGUCUGGAGGAGAUAGCAGUUCUCAACAGUCCUGUCACAAGAAAUCUAGUAAUUUUUCUUCUCGUUCUAGACGGAAUACAAGAAAAGAUGUUAGCUCCAGUUCAGUUGAUAAAACCUCAGAUCCAACCGCCAAUUCAAGUCCUCUAGUGACAGCGAUUGCCCAUGCAAGAUUGUUCAAAGAAAAAUAUUUUUCUUCAGAUGCAGGCAGUGGAUCUGGGGUUACAGAUGGUCUCCUCCGCUUGAAAAAUCUUUGCACAAGAAUGAACAUGGGGAUCGAUGAGCAGAAAAAGAGAUCCAAGGGAAAAUCGAAAGCCAUUGGUGCUCGGCUCAGUAAAAAAUCCGCUAGGAUAGAGGAAGAAUUGGUUGAAAUGAUUGUUCAGCUUCUACAGGAGCUUAGCAGAGAAGAAGGUGCAUCAACUUUUGAGUUUAUGAGUAGUGGGAUAGUUUCAUGCUUACUUAACUACUUAACUUGCGGUUAUUUCUCCAGUAAAAAGAUUUCCAAAGUUAGUCUGCUCAGGCUUCAGCCACUAGCAAUAAGAAGAUACAAGUCUUUUGUCUCCCUCUUCCUCCCUUCAAAUAUUGAAGGGAAUCUAGUCCCUAUGAGCAUUUUGGUUCAAAAGCUACAAAAUGCUUUGUCCUCAUUAGAGUGUUUCCCUCUUGCAUGCAGCCGGUCUACUCAUGGUUCAUUAGAUAGGAAUGCAAGUGUCUCAUCUGGUUCAAGUAGUUUAUCUCGGUCAAUCAAACUGCGUCUUUCCCGAGCACCGGAAGAAAAAACACUUGGCGAUUACUCUACGAAUGUUGUGAUUAUUAGUGAUCCAUUGACAAGUCUGGCUGCCGUUGAAGACUUCCUUCUGCCGAGGGUUCAGCAAGAUGAGUCUGAUCAAGAGCCUUCAGCAUGUGCUGGGAAGUCAGGGUCUGAAACAACUCCUGCAGGUUUGUCAGAGGAAAAAGAUUCUAGCCCAUCAAAGGCAAAGGGGAAAGCAGUUGUCACACAAGACCAAGAAGGUGUGGAAGGACCUCAGACUAGGAGUACUGCUCGUAGAAGUUUGGCUCUUGAUAAAGAUAAGCACAUGAUGCCAUUGAUUGAGGACACCUCUUAUAAGGUAGAGGAGUCGGACAAUUUGCAUGUGGAAAGUGAUGAGCAAAUGGAAAGUGGAGAUGAUGAUAUAUCUGAUGAUGAGAACUACCCUGCCGCCAUUUAUAUUGAUGUACAGAGAAGCGCUACUCUUCCUAUUUACAUGACAAGCAUAGUGCAUGAUAUUAAACUGGGUGACUCUUCAGAUGACAGUCCUGAUAGACAAAAUGAACGACCAAGUAGUUCUAGCUCUGCAGGUACUAUGGGAAGAGGUGUUCGUGGACUGAUAUUUACUGCAGAGGGGAGGCAGCUGAAUAGUCAAAUGACUGUUUAUCAGGCAGUAUUGGGCGAAGGAAGUGAAUCCAGUGAUGGUGUAUCUAGAGAUGGUCGUCAGUUCUGGGAUGCCAUUCACACUAUACUUUACGAGAGCGCUGAUAAUCAAGCUAUGACCUUUUCACGUGGGAUUGUUGCAUCAACAGCUGAAUCUGAGUCUUCAAAAGCUAGUGCUUCUUGUGAUUACACUGAAUUGUCCUUGAGUAGUAUCUCUCUUCUGGAUAGGUUCAUCCGAGGGGGCCCUUGUGAUUUUGAAAGAGAAGACCCCAUUUAUCAUAUUCUAGCACUAUUGCGUGUACUGGAGGGGUUGAAUCAGUACGCACCACUUUUGCGGGUCCAAGUAGCAAUCGACAGUUUCGCCGAGGGGAAAAUUUCUAAUCUAGAAGAACUUAAUAUGAGUGGAGCCAAGGUUUCUCCGGAAGUUUUUGUAAAUAGAAAGGUUACAUCAAAAUUGGCUCAAAAAAUUCAGGACACUCUUGCCGUUAGCACAUGUUCCCUUGCGUCUUGGUGCUACCAUCUGACAAAAGCUUGCCCAUUUUUGUUCCCUUUCGAAACCCGUUGUCUGUAUUUCUAUUCAACUGCUUUUGGAUUUUCUCGUGCGUUGCAUCGGCUCCAGCAGCUGCAAGGUUCUAAUGGGCAUGGUACCAUAUUAGAGCGCCAGAAAGUUCGUGUCCACAGGAACCGAAUUCUAGAUUCAGCUGCAAAAGUCAUGGAGAUGUACUCUAGUCAGAAAGCUGCUCUUGAAGUUGAGUAUUAUGGUGAGGUUGGCUCCGGAUUAGGGCCUACCGUGGAGUUCUACACUCUUUUGAGUCACGAACUUCAGGAAGCUGGAUUAGGAAUGUGGAGGUCAAGUUCAUAUUCUGGACAUAUGCCUCUUAGGUUGUUUCCUCGCCCUUGGCCAGCCACAGCUGAUACUUCGGAUGGUAGCCAAUUUUCCAAAGUUAUCGAGUAUUUCCGGUUGCUCGGGAGAACAAUGGCUAAAGCUCUUCAAGACGGGAGGCUUUUGGAUUUGCCACUGUCAGCAGCCUUUUAUAGGCUUGUUCUUGGUCAAGAGUUGGUUUUGCACGACAUCAUUUCUUUCGAUCCGGAACUUGGGACUACAUUGCAAGAAUUGCAAGCCCUUGCAUGCAGGAAAAAGUACUUGGAAUCUGUGAGAAGCUAUAAUCCAGAAGAGCUCUAUUUUCGUGGAUCUUCUGUUGAUGAUCUUUGUUUAGAUUUCUCCCUUCCAGGCUAUGCAGAUUAUAUUUUGAGAGCAGGCAAUGAAAUUGUGGAUAUAAGUUCUCUGGGAAACUAUGUUUCCCUUGUGGUUGAUGCUACGGUAGGGACUGGGAUCAUGCGACAAAUGGAAGCAUUUAGAUCUGGUUUUAAUCAGGUGUUUGACAUCUCAACUCUGACAAUAUUUUCUCCGAAUGAGCUGGACCAGUUGCUGUGCGGCUGCAGAGAUAUGUGGAAGGCUGAGUCUCUCGUGGACAACAUUAAGUUCGAUCAUGGAUACACUUCAAACAGUCCUGCCAUCAUCAAUUUUCUUGAAAUCAUGGGUGAGUUCACUCCCGAGCAGCAAAGAGCCUUCUGCCAGUUUGUCACCGGUGCUCCUCGGCUUCCGCCAGGUGGACUUGCGGUGCUGAACCCUAAGCUGACUGUUGUCAGAAAGGUACAUAUUUUGCCAGACUCUGUGGAUGAUGACUUGCCGAGUGUCAUGACUUGUGCGAAUUACCUGAAGCUUCCACCAUACUCAUCUAAGGUCAAGGAUCUUUCGAUUUGUCAUGAAUCGUUGGAUUUUGCUGCUACAGUGGAGGUUGAUGAAGAUGCUGCCUGCGAUCUUGAGGACUAGCGUGCAAAGGAUAAUUUUUAGUAUAUAAGUAGCUUGUAUAUAAUUAUACUUUUCAUAUAUUAAUCAGCGAAUAAUGACUUUACAACUUUUUUUUUUGUUCGUGUUUGGUAAUUUUAAGCUAUUCUUUCGUUGCUCCGGUGGUGGAUUUUUGCACUUUAUGGAAAUAAGAAAGGAAGAUUUUAUUCAAAUAAUUAGCUUGGCUCUGUUUGGUAUUAGAAGCUGGUGAAAUUUGGAUUUGAAAGAACUGCAUACAUUGAAAC